CAACUGAAACAGCAGCGGGAUAAACUGAAGCAGUAUCAGAAACGGAUCACUCUGAAUCUGGAAAGAGAGAGAUCUGUAGCCCGGCAGCUGCUGAGAGAUGGCAAGAAAGAAAAAGCCAAGUUAUUGCUAAAGAAGAAGCGCUACCAAGAGCAGCUGCUAGAUAAAACAGAAAACCAAAUCAGCAACCUGGAACGCAUGGUCCAGGAUAUUGAAUUCACCCAGAUUGAAAUGAAGGUGAUUGAAGGCCUGAAAAUUGGCAAUGAAUGUCUGAAUAAAAUGCAUGAGGUCAUGUCAGUAGAAGAAGUGGAAAGAAUAAUAGAUGAAACCCAAGAUGCUGUGGAAUAUCAAAAGCAAAUCGAUGAAAUGUUGGCCGGCAGCUUCACCGAAGAAGAUGAAGAUGCCAUUUUAGAAGAAUUAAAUGCCAUUACUCAGGAACAGCUCGAGCUCCCUGAAGUUCCCGCUGAGCCACUCCCGGAAAAGACCCCAGAAGCAUCACCUGUCAAGAUCAAGGCCAAGCCAGAACUGGUGGCAGCAUCUUAAUUCCACUCCUGGGGACAACCCCAAAUACUUCCAUCAUGGACCGUUUGGAAUCCCAGCAUGCUCUGGGAACAGGAUACGCCUCCGUAGCAUCCCAGCUGCGCUGGGCGAAUGUGCUGGAGUGAGGUUUCCUGCGCAGGGCAGGGAAUCGCAGCAGAUUAUCGCUCUUGUAUCAAGAUUAUUUUCUAGUGCUUUCUUUUUGUAAUUUAAAUUCUAAACUCACUCAGCUGCGCUGUCUCUGGAUUAAACAGUGACUUUAAAACUUCCAAA